AUGGACGUGUUGCAGAUACUCCGUAAGACCACGGAGCGCUUGGAGUGUGACCACUGCAGCUUCAAAGGAACAGACUAUGAGAACAUACAAAUCCACAUGGGUUCCAUCCACCCAGAGUAUUGUGAUGAAAUGGAUGCUGCUGGUUUGGGUAAACUUAUCUUUUAUCAAAAAAGUGCAAAACUGUUUCACUGCCACAAAUGUUUCUUUACCAGCAAGAUGUAUUGCAACGUGUAUUACCACAUCACGGCGCAGCAUGCGGCGCCUGAGAAGUGGAGUGAGGAGAGGAAAGAGCAGCCAGUAGAAGGAGAUUCAGAUGCAUCCAAAAAGAGUGUCACGUUGGAGCCACAGAAACCUACCCUUUCCCCCGAGUCACGCAAACCUGCCCCGUCUCCUGAACUCCCCAAAUCCGAACCUGUCGUUUCCCCCAAGCUUCAGAAGCCUUCUGUGUCUCCAGAGCCCCAGAAGUCCGCUCAGCCGACUUCCUCAGAGCCAGAGAAGUCAGCCCAGGCUGUGUCCCCAGAUCCAGAAAAGUCAGCCCAGGCCACAUCUCCAGAGCCAGAGAAGUUAACCUCAGCUGCAUCCCCAGACUUGGAGAAGCCAUCUCCUGCCGUUUCCCCGGCCGUGUCCCCAGACCCUCGGCGCCAUUCCCCGGCCGUGUCCCCAGAGCCCCGCAGAUACUCCCCAGCUGUGUCUCCAGAGCCAAAGAAACCCCCCCCAGCAGUAUCCCCUGAACCACGGAGAUAUGCCCCGGCUGCGUCACCCGAGCCACGGAGACAUCCCUCUCAAACGCGGAGACCUUCUUCUGCUUCUUCUCCUGAAGCCCGCAGACCUGCUCCUGCUGCUUCUCCAGAGUCAUGGAGACCUGCUCCGACGGUUUCUCCUGAGCCUUGGAGGUCUACACCUCACGAGGUGCAGAAGUCUUCCGCAGUUUCCCCCUGGGCUCCGAAGCCUGCCAUGUCUGUGUCCGUAGAGUCCCGGAGAUCUGCCCCCGAGUCCCGAAGGUCUGGGCCCGUCGUGUUGCCAGAACCUAGGAGGGUUGUUUCUGACUCCUGGAAGUCCACAACCUUUUCUGAAUCCCAGAAGUCUACUCUUGUUUCUUCUGAGCCGUGGAAACCCAUCUCAUCUGUUUACCCUGAAGGCUGGAAACCUGUUCUGUCCCCGGACACGUGGAAACAUUCUCCCCCUGUUUCUCCUGAGCUUCGAAAGUCUAGUCACGCUGUGUCCUCUGAGUCCUGGAAACCUUCUUUCUUCCCUGAGGUCCGUAAGCCUGGUGCUUCGGUGUCUCCUGAAUCUUGGAAACUCUCUGAGUCACGGAAAUCAAUGUAUUUCUCUGAAACUCAGAAAUCCACCUCUGCUGCUUCGUCUGAGGGUCAGAAACGAGCUCAUUUCCCUGAGCCUCGGAAGAGAGUCCUGUUCCCAGAGUCUCGUAAAGCUAAUCCUGCUGCUUCUGCUGAUGCCCAGAAACGUGCUGUCUUCUCUGAGCCCCAGAACCAGGUGUCUGCUGCUGCCCUUCCUACCGAGGGCCAGAAACAAGCCUUGUGUUCUGAAGCCCAGAAAGCAGCUCUUGUUCCUCCUGAAGUCCAGAAGCACACCCUGUUUUCUGAAGCCCAGAAACUUGCUGCUGUUUCCUCUGAAGUCCAGGAGUCUCUUUCCUUUCCAGAGUCACAGAAAUCCACGUCCCCUGAAAUCCAGAAGCAUGGCCUCUUCACGGAGUCCCAGAAACCUACUCCUGUCUCUCCCGAGACCCCCAAGCAGGCUGUUUUCACCGACUGCCAGAAAUCUGCUGUGUCCCCUGAGGGUCAGAAGCAUGCUGUGUUUGCUGAGCUGCAGAAACCUGCUGCUGCUUUAUCCUCUGAUGUCCAGAGACAUGCUGAAACUACUGUACCUCCUGAAAUCCAGAAGAACAUCCUGUUUUCGGAGCCUCACAAGUCUGUUUCCGGCUUUUUCUCCGAACCCCAAACACCUAGUGAGUCUGGUGAGAGUGAUUUUCUCUCUCACAGUUUAGAUGAUCAGAAACCGCUGGAUGAUUUGUUCUCACAGGAUGAACAAUCAAUAUUAGCCAAAGAAUCACCAGAAGACAUGUUAUAUUCAUGCCCCAAAAAGAAGCCCAAGAAAGAGAACCAGGAGAACUCAGAUUCCGAACUAAACAGCAGCGAGUGUGGAAAACCAGAGAUGGACUCCAUGGAGAUAAAGGAACAAGAAUCCAACAGCGACCAAGAGCAAUAUGAUAUGGAGUCAUCUGAUUACAGCAAAGAGAGCAAAAUGGAUGCAGCUGCUCCCAUGCAGCCACAGUGUGUGCUGCAGUUCACCGAGGAGAAAGAGGCUUUCAUCUCUGAGGAAGAAAUAGCCAAGUACAUGAAACGUGGCAAAGGGAAAUAUUACUGCAAGAUCUGUUGCUGCCGUGCCAUGAAGAAAGGUGCUGUCCUGCACCACUUGGUUAACAAGCAUAAUGUUCAGAGCCCAUACAAAUGUAAAAUCUGUGGCAAAGCUUUUCUCUUGGAGUCUCUUCUCAAAAACCACGUUGCUGCUCAUGGGCAAAGCUUGUUGAAGUGUCCCCGUUGUAAUUUCGAAUCCAAUUUCCCCCGAGGCUUUAAGAAACAUUUAACCCAUUGCCAAAGUCGUCAUAGUGAUGAGACACCUAAAAAACACUUGGACAGCCUUGAACCACUUGAAGAACAAAUUUAA